GGCGCUAGUGCUGGCGCUCACCUUCCAGCUCUGCGCGCCGGAGACCGAGACUCCGGCAGCUGGCUGCACCUUUGAGGAGGCGAGUGACCCAGCAGUGCCCUGUGAGUACAGCCAGGCCCAAUAUGAUGACUUCCAGUGGGAACAAGUACGGAUCCACCCUGGCACCCGGGCCCCUGCGGAUCUGCCUCACGGCUCCUACUUGAUGGUCAACACUUCCCAGCAUGCUCCAGGCCAGCGAGCCCAUGUCAUCUUCCAGAGCCUGAGUGAGAAUGACACCCACUGUGUCCAGUUCAGCUAUUUCCUGUACAGCCGGGAUGGGCACAGCCCAGGCACUCUGGGCGUCUAUGUGCGUGUUAAUGGGGGGCCCUUGGGCAGCGCCGUCUGGAAUAUGACUGGAUCCCAUGGCCGUCAGUGGCACCAGGCUGAACUGGCUGUCAGCACCUUCUGGCCCAAUGAAUAUCAGGUGCUGUUUGAGGCCCUCAUCUCCCCAGACCGCAGGGGCUACAUAGGCCUAGAUGACAUCCUGCUUCUCAGCUACCCCUGUGCAAAGGCCCCACACUUCUCUCGCCUGGGCGACGUGGAAGUCAACGCCGGCCAGAACGCAUCAUUCCAGUGCAUGGCUGCCGGCAGAGCAGCCGAGGCAGAGCGCUUCCUCCUGCAGCGGCAGAGCGGGGCGCUGGUGCCCGCGGCCGGCGUGCGACACAUCAGCCACCGGCGCUUCCUGGCCACUUUCCCGCUGGUCUCCGUGGGCCGCGCGGAGCAGGACCUGUACCGCUGUGUGUCCCAGGCUCCGCGCGGCGCGGGAGUCUCCAACUUUGCGGAGCUCAUCGUCAAGGAGCCCCCCACCCCCAUCGCGCCCCCACAGCUGCUGCGUGCCGGCCCCACCUACCUCAUCAUCCAGCUCAACACCAACUCCAUCAUUGGCGACGGGCCGAUCGUGCGCAAGGAGAUUGAGUACCGCAUGGCUCGCGGCCCCUGGGCCGAGGUGCACGCCGUCAGCCUGCAGACCUACAAGCUGUGGCACCUCGAUCCCGACACCGAGUACGAGAUCAGCGUGCUGCUCACGCGCCCCGGAGACGGCGGCACUGGCCGCCCCGGACCACCCCUCGUUAGCCGCACCAAGUGUGCAGAGCCCAUGAGGGCCCCCAAAGGCCUGGCUUUUGCUGAGAUCCAGGCCCGCCAGCUGACCUUGCAGUGGGAACCACUGGGUUACAACGUGACACGUUGCCACACCUAUACUGUAUCCCUGUGCUAUCACUACACCCCGGGCAACAGCCACAACCAGACUAUCCGGGAGUGUAUGAAGACAGAGCAGGGCGUCAACCGCUAUACCAUCAAGAACCUGCUGCCCUAUCGAAAUGUUCAUGUGCGUCUCGUCCUCACUAACCCUGAGGGGCGCAAGGAGGGCAAGGAGGUCACCUUCCAGACGGAUGAAGAUGUGCCUGGCGGGAUUGCAGCUGAAUCCCUGACCUUCACUCCACUGGAGGACAUGAUCUUCCUUAAGUGGGAGGAGCCCCAGGAACCCAAUGGCCUCAUCACUCAGUAUGAGAUCAGCUACCAGAGCAUCGAGUCGUCAGACCCGGCGGUGAAUGUGCCGGGGCCACGACGCACAAUCUCCAAGCUCCGCAACGAGACCUACCACGUCUUCUCCAACCUGCACCCAGGCACCACCUACCUGUUCUCCGUGAGGGCCCGCACGGGCAAAGGCUUCGGCCAGGCGGCACUCACUGAGAUCACCACCAACAUCUCAGCUCCCAGUUUUGAUUAUGCUGACAUGCCGUCACCCCUGGGCGAGUCCGAGAACACCAUCACCGUGCUGCUGAGACCGGCACAGGGCCGUGGUGCACCCAUCAGUGUGUAUCAGGUGAUUGUGGAGGAGGAGCGGCCACGGCGGCUGAGGCGGGAGCCAGGUGGCCAGGAUUGCUUCCCAGUGCCACUGACGUUCGAGGCGGCGCUGGCCCGAGGCCUGGUGCACUACUUUGGAGCCGAACUGGCGGCCAGCAGUCUGCCUGAGGCCAUGCCCUUCACCGUGGGUGACAACCAGACCUAUCGAGGCUUCUGGAACCCGCCACUUGAGCCUAGGAAGGCCUACCUCAUCUACUUCCAGGCAACAAGCCACUUGAAGGGGGAGACUCGACUGAAUUGUGUUCGCAUCGCCAGGAAAGCUGCCUGCAAGGAAAGCAAGCGGCCACUGGAGGUGUCCCAGAGAUCAGAGGAGAUGGGACUCAUCUUGGGCAUCUGUGCAGGGGGGCUUGCCGUCCUCAUCCUCCUCCUGGGGGCCAUCAUUGUCAUCAUCCGCAAGGGGAGAGACCACUAUGCCUACUCCUACUACCCGAAGCCGGUGAACAUGACCAAGGCCACUGUCAACUACCGCCAGGAGAAGACUCACAUGAUGAGUGCCGUGGACCGGAGCUUCACGGACCAGAGCACCCUGCAGGAGGACGAGCGACUGGGCCUGUCCUUCAUGGAUGCCCAUGGCUACAGCUCCCGGGGAGACCAGCGCAGCGGCGGAGUCACUGAGGCCAGCAGCCUUCUAGGGGGCUCACCACGGCGUCCUUGUGGCCGGAAGGGCUCCCCAUACCACACGGGGCAGCUGCACCCUGCGGUGCGUGUGGCUGACCUUCUGCAGCACAUCAACCAGAUGAAGACGGCUGAGGGCUACGGCUUCAAGCAGGAGUACGAGAGCUUCUUUGAAGGCUGGGAUGCCACAAAGAAGAAAGACAAGCUCACGGGGGGCCGGCAGGAGCCGAUGCCUGCCUAUGAUCGGCACCGAGUGAAACUCCACCCGAUGCUGGGAGAUCCCAAUGCCGACUACAUUAAUGCCAACUAUAUAGACGGUUAUCAUAGGUCAAACCACUUCAUAGCCACUCAAGGGCCAAAGCCCGAGAUGGUCUAUGACUUCUGGCGCAUGGUGUGGCAGGAGCACUGUUCCAGCAUCGUCAUGAUCACCAAGCUGGUCGAGGUGAAAUGCUCACGGUACUGGCCGGAAGACUCAGACAUGUACGGGGACAUCAAGAUUACGCUGGUGAAGACGGAGACGCUAGCUGAGUAUGUGGUGCGCACCUUUGCCCUGGAGCGGAGAGGCUACUCUGCCCGGCACGAGGUUCGCCAGUUUCACUUCACGGCAUGGCCAGAGCAUGGUGUCCCCUACCAUGCCACGGGGCUGCUGGCUUUCAUCCGGCGUGUGAAGGCCUCCACCCCACCUGACGCUGGGCCCAUUGUCAUCCACUGCAGCGUGGGCACUGGCCGCACAGGCUGCUAUAUCGUCCUGGAUGUGAUGCUGGACAUGGCAGAGUGUGAGGGCGUCGUGGACAUUUACAACUGCGUGAAGACCCUCUGCUCCCGGCGUGUCAACAUGAUCCAGACUGAGGAGCAGUACAUCUUCAUCCAUGAUGCAAUCCUGGAGGCCUGCCUAUGUGGGGAGACCACUAUCCCUGUCAGUGAGUUCAAGGCCACCUACAAGGAGAUGAUUCGCAUUGAUCCUCAGAGUAACUCCUCCCAGCUGCGAGAAGAGUUUCAGACGCUGAACUCGGUCACCCCACCGCUGGACGUGGAGGAGUGCAGUAUCGCCCUUCUGCCCCGGAACCGCGACAAGAACCGCAGCAUGGAUGUCCUGCCACCUGACCGCUGCCUGCCCUUCCUCAUCUCCACUGAUGGGGACCCCAACAACUACAUCAAUGCUGCUCUGACUGAUAGCUACACGCGGAGCGCGGCCUUCAUCGUGACCCUGCACCCGCUGCAGAGCACCACGCCCGACUUCUGGCGGCUGGUCUACGACUAUGGGUGCACCUCCAUCGUCAUGCUCAACCAGCUGAACCAGUCCAACUCUGCCUGGCCCUGCCUGCAGUACUGGCCAGAGCCAGGUCGGCAGCAGUAUGGCCUCAUGGAGGUGGAGUUUGUGUCAGGCACUGUGGAUGAAGACUUGGUGGCACGGGUCUUCAGAGUACAGAACAUCUCUCGGCUGCAGGAGGGGCAUCUGCUGGUACGGCACUUCCAGUUCCUGCGCUGGUCCGCAUACCGGGAUACACCUGACUCCAGGAAGGCCUUCCUGCACCUGCUGGCCGAAGUGGACAAGUGGCAGGCGGAAAGCGGGGAUGGGCGCACCAUUGUGCACUGCCUAAAUGGGGGCGGUCGCAGCGGUACCUUCUGCGCCUGCGCCACGGUUCUUGAGAUGAUCCGCUGCCACAACCUGGUGGACGUUUUCUUUGCUGCCAAAACGCUUCGGAACUACAAGCCCAAUAUGGUGGAGACCAUGGAUCAGUACCACUUUUGCUACGAUGUGGCCCUGGAGUACCUGGAGGGGCUGGAGUCAAGAUAGCGGGCCCUGGCUUGGGGCACCCACCGCACACUCAGGGCCAGACCCACCAUCCCGGACUGGCGAGGAGGAGGAUCUGUCCCUCCAGCUCUACCCAACCACAGCUGCCACGGGGAAAGCACUGGAGUGGACGCUGGGCCAUCUUGGUCCCUCUUCCACUGUGGGCAGGACCUUUCACCAUGUCCCAUGGGCAGGCUGUGGGCCAAGGGGGAGCUUAGCAAGACUGCAGCCCCAGCCGACCUCCAUAAGGUCCUGCAGGCCUGUGCUGAGAGGCCUGGCACUGCCUGGCUGAGCAACGGGCUCAGGACAGCCAGCCCUGGGGACCCAGGCCGAGCCCCUUGACUCCAUCCAGCCUUUGGCAGAGAUGAGUGAGGGCCUGUAGCGAGCAUGGCCGGCAAGGCUUCUACCUAGCUGGGCCCCCUCUGCACAUGGCCAGAGGGUGCAGCAGGGCAUGACAUCUCCCCGAGGGCCCUAGAGAGGCUGGGCUCUGUCCUGAAAUGCCAGUGGGACUCAUUGACUGUCCUCCUCAGGGGACCUGCAGCGCCUUCCCCUGCCCUAUUGCCCCCUGCAGCCCCUGGCAUAUUUUGCCCCCAUCCCUCUCCACUUCUGCUUUCCUGACACGUGCUCUGAGCUUUCCUGAACCAGGAUCUGCCCAUUCCCACCAUGCCCCAUGUGGGACUCCUUCCCCACCUGGCCUAGUGUCGCAGAAUGAAGUCAUCUCAGCCCUCUCUUCCUGUAAGCUUCAGACUUCACUGGCUUGUCCUGCUCAGCUUGGGCCAGUGACAGUCCGCAAGGCUGAGUCACAGUCCCUGGGGUUGAGGUCCCUGUGGCUCCUGGUCAAGUUGCCCACUGGGGAGGGAGCAGUGCUAGCUUAGGGCUGGUCACAACCCCUAGAGUUCUGAGGAAGAGGGGUUAUUUUGGGAUGGAGGAUCAGUGCUUUUUUGUUUCUUUUGUUAUUUUUGGGAGGGGUGGGUGGGAAGGUCUCUUUAAAACAGGGCAGGCCACACCCCCAUUCCGUGCCUCGAUUUCCCCAUCUGUAAACUGUAGAUAUGACUACUGACCUACCUCGCAGGGGGCUGUGGGGAGGCAUAAGCUGAUGUUUGUAAAGCGCUUUGUAAAUAAACGUGCUCUCUGAAUGCCAC